CACGCGCGCGCGCGCACACACACUGUUCCGCUCGUUGAGUGUUUACGGUAGCUCGCGCCUAGUUUCGUCCCGAGUGUAGUAGUUUAAUCGCUCUUUUGUGAGCGUAGGUUGACAGCUCUCUCCUUGUAGCUGAUUCGUCCCGGUACUUCACGUCAAGAUUAUGGGCUUUGAUCUAGACCGUUUUGAAGGCCCAGUGGAUCCGGACUUAAUCUGUAAACUGUGUGGGAAAGUUUUAGAAGAUCCUCUCAGCACUCCGUGCGGACAUGUCUUCUGCGCCGCGUGCGCGCUCCAGUGGCUCGCCAAAGUCAGCCGCUGCCCUGUCCAGUGCCAGAAGAUCUCCACCAAAGAGCUGAACCACGUCCUGCCCCUAAAAAACCUCAUUCUCAAGCUGGACAUCAAAUGCGACCACCGUGAACGAGGCUGCAACCGGGUAAUGAAGCUCCAGCAUCUGCCAGAGCACGCGGAGAGCUGCGAAUUCUCUCCGGUCAGAUGCGGGAAUAAAGGAUGCGACGCGGUGCUCAGCUUGAGGGAUGUGGCCUCACAUAUGCGGGAGGAAUGCGAGCACAGGGCGGUGGAUUUCUGUAAGGAUGGAUGUGGACUCGCGCUGACCCUCAAGAGGUCGGAGGAGGACCACAGCUGUCUCCAAGCUCUUAGGACACACAGCGGUCUCCUCCAAAGCAAAGUGCUGAGUCUGGAGAAGGAGCUGAAGCGCCAGUCUCUGAGCUUCAGUAAGAGGGAGAGAUCUCUCCUCUCCAAACUGUCCGCGCUCCACUGCGAGCUGCACAUCACAGCGCUCACAUUUCAGAAGAAAAUCACCGAGUACAAGAGCAGGAUUGACGCGCUGUCGAGCAGCUGGAUGCCCCUCGAGAAGGGUGAAGAAACAAGGAGCCUCAAAGUCACCCUCCACAGAACAUCAUCAGGAUCCCUUGGAUUCAGUAUCAUUGGAGGAACAAUGUGUGGGGAACCAGAGCACAAUUGGGAUAUCAGUGAUGGCAUCUAUGUAUCCAAGAUAGUGGAAAACGGAGCAGCUGACAAGGCUGGACUGCAUGUUCAUGACAGGAUCAUUGAGGUGAAUGGAAGAACCCUUUCUGUCGCCACCCAUGAUCAAGCAAUAGAGGCUUUCCAAACUGCCAAAGACCCUAUUGAGGUUCGGGUACUCCGCAGGACGGCACAAAAGACUUGCAGGACUCUUAAACCAACCCGAGGAAUGGACAACAGUACUCAGACCAACAUUACGCUGAAAACCUUGCAACAAAUAGAGACUUUGUCCAACUUGCCAUCACCUUCAACACCAUGUAUGGCUUUGCUGGACAGUUUCUGUUCACCCUCACAGUAUCAAUUGGCAAGACAUGACUCACCUUAUUCCUCAGACUUCCAUGAUGAUGUACAGAAAGACAUUGAGAGUGGAGGACUGGAAUAUGAGGAGGUGGAUCUGCAGAGGAAAACCACUCAGGAUAAGCUUGGCCUGAAGUUAUGUUACAAGACGGAUGACAAGAAGUCUGCCAUUUAUAUUAGCGAGAUUGAUUUAGAAGGAAUUGCUGCAAAAGAUGGCAGAGUUCAGGAAGGAGACCAAAUUAUCCAGAUCAAUGGAAUGGACAUCCAGAGCCAUGAGGCGGCAGUGACACUUCUGACCAAGGUGGAGAGUAAGAAUGUGACCCUUCUAGUGGCUCGACCAGAAAGUCAGGAUGUUGGCUGGUUGGAGGAGGAUAGAUACAACUUAGAAGACUUGCACAUGGGCAUACUGGAGCAGCAACAUCACAAGGUCAAUGAGUUCACUGCAAGUAUGCUGCAGCAGAGGACAAAUGAAGAAGAUGGAGGCACUACAGAUACGGCUACUUUACUAUCCAACCGGCAUGAAAAAGACAGCGGCGUAGGCCGCACAGACGAAAGCACUCGUAAUGAUGAAAGCUCAGAGCAAGACAUCUUGGGGGAUGACCAGAAUUCCUUCUGUGACACUCUCCCAGAAAACCACAAGAAGUACAACAAUAAUCUGGACACUGUUGAAAGUGGGGACAUGCACUUAAGCAAUGACUCCUUCCUUUCAGUUGACAAUGGAAACUUCCUUGGCAUACCUGGCACAGCAUGUGAACAUUUCCAGAAACAGCUUGAACUGAAAUCUCUGAUGAAUGGUAACAGUCUUCCGGGAUUUAUUGAGCAUGAUGCCACACUAUUUGGAAAGAGGGUUAGUGUAGACUGUGAUGAUCAAGAGAUUCAGAUGCUUAAUGAGGAGUUACUGAACAUUGAGCUUGAGUGCCUGAGUAUCAUACAAGCACACAGGCUUAAGGCUGAAGUUGGUGAUCUUCAAGCCAAAAAUCCUAGUAACGAGCACUUUAUUGAGCAAGUCCAUCAGGACCUCAUCAAUAACCACGUGGACAAUGAAGGCUCUACUAGUGCUUACAACACUGGAGAGAGCUGCUGGAGCUUACGUCCUGCUCUGGAAUCAGAUUCUCCUGACUCCCAAAGGAUGGUUGCUGGAGACAAGGGUAAAGGUUCUCCCAUGCAUAGACGCAACUCAACAGCAGGAUGCUCCAAACAUCACCUCUCCCCCAUUCAGGAGAUCAGUCCCACCAAGAGUUUACCUGGAGAUCCAGAGGUCAUAAAUCAAGGGAAAAGAAAGCAGAGUAAGAAAAAGAACCCAAGGAAGAGUCUUUUGCCAUCCUUGUGUCAUUCCUCAUACAAGAACACCUACAUCCCAGCUCAUGCACAACAUUACCAAAGCUACAUGCAACUUAUCCAGCAGAAAUCAGCUGUGGAAUAUGCCCAGAGUCAAGUCAGCUUAGCCAGCCUGUGCAAGAAUGCAGAAACCACCCCCACAGAGUCCAAGCUCAAGAUGGGGUGGAAGGUAAAGAUCCGUAGCGAUGGAACAAGAUACAUCACCAAAAGGCCCAUCAGGGACCAGCUUCUUAAGAAGCGAGCUUUGCACAUUCGAGAAGAACGCUGCAGCGCAACUACAGAUGACGAUGCAGCAAGUGAACUAAAACUGGGUCGAUACUGGAACAAAGAGGAGCGCAAACAGCAUGCGACACGAGCCAAAGAACAGCGUCAACGGCGGGAACUCACGAAACAGUGCAUAGAGAGCAAAGAACAAGCAGGAGCAGUGGACAAGAAGGAGCCAGAUAUUAUCCAGCUUAGCCGUAAAAAAAUGAUGAAGAGGAGGAACAAGAAGAUAUUUGACAACUGGAUAACCAUUCAGGAGCUGUUGACACAUGGCACAAUGUCCACAGAUGAUAAAAGACUAUAUAAUUCCUUUCUUUCUGUGACUACAGUUUAAGGGAUUGCUUGGUUUAGGGCACUUUACUAGUUUACUGUGUAAAAUUGUGUGAGGUUUGGUGUGGGAAAUCUUGCCUCAUUUAAGGAGGUGGGUCAUUUAUGGACUAGGUAUGAAAAUCUAGAGAUUUGUGAGACAACAGUGAUGAUGAAUUCAAACUACAGAUAUCUUAAAUAUGCUUUAUAGAACUUGAGGGUGCACUAACGUUUCAGUUUGCACUGAUGUUAUUUUAUUAAACAACUCAUCAUAGUUUAAUGUAUAAAACAGAUGGAAAUAGAUUUUGUUCAAUUCUAGCUCGUAUGUGCAGUUACUGCCCAUUACUUGCAUAUCACCCACUUAUUGUAAUCACUAACAGUUUUAGGUUUCACUUAAACAUUGUGGGGAAAAUUAUCUGCGCAUGACCUGAUGUUU